CACGGAGCGACCUCAGAAGACGCACACGAGGCACCUUGUAUGGCCAAUGGAGGCUCGCAGUGCUCGAACAGUGCUCAGUUGCAGUGGUCGCUCGACGUGCAAUCGUCCGCACCGGGAGCCGAGUCGGCGAACACAAUACUAACGUAUAAAUAAUUACAAGUGCGAGAAAGCAAGGAUAUUUCUUUCAUUGCUCAUUGAUAACUUGUCUUUAUCUGUGCAGCCUUAUCUACAUUACAGCGAUGCCACUCGCGUAAAUUUAUGUACUUUAAUGCUGCUUGGGCUGGCUCGAAUGUUAUACUGUUUAUAUUUAGCCGGCGUGGGGGCAAACAAUAAAUUGAUGGGCGGCGCAUCUCACUUCCCUGUUGCGUGUGAACCGUCUCCGCGUCGUAAUCGAUGCGGUCUGGCGCAAUGCAUAUUCUGACCGAAGUAGUGUAUGCGCUUUCAAUGGGUAAUAUAGACCACCAUUUAAGCGUUGAGGUCAAGACAAAUUGGCGUCUGUGUUAUAGCUACGUGAAAGGAUUAGCUUUAAUCGUGUAAUAUGCAGCGCAACGUUAGUGGUAAUUAAAUAUCAAUUGUAUUCGCCGUGUGCAUGCAACUCUUGCCGAAUUGUUAUGCAGAUUGCUCCUCUGAAUCGACGCUGGGGAACCGAACUCUCUGAAGCUCAGCGCUUAAAAAAAAAAAAAAAAAAAGAGAACGACGCUAGGCGGAAAAUUUAAGGGAGGCAUAACGCCAGCUGACGUGCUCUUCUAUAAAAAAAAAAAAAAAAAUAAGCGGGCUAAUUUGAGCAUUAUACGCGCGUACCAUCCGCUAUGCGGGAGCCUCGCACUCGCGUUACCUGAAGUGCAGUCACGCACCACUUCCACCACUGCCGCGAGCGCAGCGCACCUAGGGCCACGCGCACCUCCGGCAUGCAUGCGAUCUGCGCCUGUUUCCUCCUCCGGCGGCCAGGUGGCGUCAGCCGUUCCGGCGCUACGCACGGCCGCGCACGUGUGGCACGUAGAGAGUGCGGAGCGCGCGGCUUCGGGAUCAAUCGGCGAAAAGCCGCGUGCCGAAACGCGUGUGCAUUUGUGCGCUUCAAGUUCUGUGUUCCCAGCGCGGUUGGUGGGCCGCCGCUCAUCCGCGACAACUUCCGCGCGUUUGCGGUCCUCUGUCGCCACCAAGUGGGCAUUGGGUGCUCGUCGAGGACGGCUGGUCCUUCGCGACGCUAAAAGCCAAGGAACUCUACCGACUUUUUGAGUGCCAGCGGGAGUCUGCUGACUUUGAGUUUCGUUUUCGCCUCGACUCGCAGCGAUUGGUCCCGGCCGACAACGAGGUACUGGUAUGAUGUGGCCGACAAACUCUUGGUUUUGAGUGAACUAAAGAGUUCCAUCGUCUGCACAGAAACUAGACAUCGGAACAUUUCCGCUGUGAGCUUCAACGAAAAAUAAGUUGAUGGCGUUCCAGGAAUACCGCGACUUGAAACUUCGCGAAGAUGACGUCACGACUGCUAACAGUGUCGAUGGAGGCGGAGACCUGGCAGAGGCCUAUCCCAGCACCGAGUCGAGCCUCGCCAUGGAUCCGACAGCUACGCUAAGCAGUCACAAUGUUUCAAUGUCUCCGGAGCUCCUGUGCUACAUGACAGCACUCACGGACGGUACACAAGAUGACUCUCGAUAUGCUGCUAUUUCUUGCCCCGUCGUUUGGGAUGGUCUGACGUGUUGGCCUCGGACGUCCAGUUCCUCUUUGGCGGUUGUGCCAUGCUUCGCGUCGCUCAACGGACUCGACUACGACACGACACAAAACGUCACGCGGCAGUGCUGGCAAAAUGGAUCCUGGGCCCUACGUUCCGACUAUUCCAACUGUCGGCCCGUGUUGGAAGGCGCGACGGCUGAUACGCAGGUUGAUGAGACGUUGUUAUACUAUAUCGGCUACGGGCUGUCACUUUGUGCACUUACCCUCGCCCUGUGGAUAUUCUUCUACUUCAAGGACCUCAGCUGCCUCAGAAACACGAUACACGUGAAUCUUAUGGUUACGUAUUUUCUCAUUUCUAUAAUUUGGAUCAUCACCGCUACGCUUCAGUCGGUGCCUUUGCCAAAUUUCCAAAGCGCAGCUUGUGGUCUCUACAUUGUGCUCACGUAUUUGAUGGGGACCAACUUCUUUUGGAUGUUCGUUGAGGGGCUCUACCUCUACAUCCUAGUCGUGAAGACGUUCUCCGUAGAAGUUGUGCGGAUACACGUCUACGCGUUCAUCGGCUGGGGUUUGCCUGCCAUCAUUACUACUAUCUGGGCGACGACAAAAUCCUACCUCAGUUCAAGGCAGCACAGCGACCUCAGCAUCUCCGAUAGCGUGUGCGUGUGGCAGAUGAAGGACCUGUAUGAUUGCAUCUUCAUCGUGCCAGUGAUCGGCGUCCUCUUGACAAACAUGUUUUUCCUGGCCGAGAUAAUGUGGGUGCUCAUCACGAAGCUCAGAGCUGCGAACACCAUCGAGUCUCGCCAGUACAGGAAAGCUGCCAAAGCUCUGCUAGUCCUCUUACCACUUCUUGGUGUCACCUACAUUCUUGUUAUCUGGACACCUACGCACAAGACAGCCAGAGUAAUAUUCACCUAUCUACAGAUAACCCUGCUAUCCACACAGGGUUUCAACGUCGCUGUACUCUACUGCUUCCUGAAUGGGGAGGUGCGAAAAUCUGUGCGACACCACCUGGAGCGUUGGAAGACUGCUCGCGCCUUGAAACGCGGCGGCCGACGUCGCUCGAGCACGUCGCGCUUUGGCGACGUCCGCGUUGCCAACUCCAAGCGAGGAAGCUGCGGAAGCUUCGCUACGACCACGACGUCGCUGGGAAACACGCGUCUCUACUCGGCUACUGGAAAGCGCUUCAGCAACACGUCCUACGGGCCGGUGGCGCUCAAGGACGAACUGGUGUGAACGCGAUCAACCUCCCUUCACCACACGACUCAUGUUCGCAGCGAACUCUCCGACGUUCCUCGCGGAAAGCAGCACCCGUCGCCAACACGCAAGGCUCCCUUAAGUAGGCGUCGCUCUUUAGGACUUUUGCUGGAUGCGGCGGCCUCUGCGUCAACGUUCCUCCGUCAACAUUACACCUCUACCGACAAGGAAGCAUGUCGGAACCCCCGUUUGCUUUGUACAUGUGGACUACGUUUAAGCGAAUAGCCGCGAGCUAGGAGCCAGUGUUGUUAGCCGAAGCUGCGCAUUUAUUCAUUGUAUUUCUCAGUCGAAGAUUUCCUGAGGCGAGAAUCAGCGGUUCCGUCUCAGUUAUUCUGCAGAAAAAAAUUGUACCUUCAUCAACAGUGUUGUGUGACAGAACCUUUGAAGAAUUUUUGACCUGUGAUGAUCUGCCAAAGAAUAAUGUCAAGAAGAUGGACUGUUAACUUGGGUCAUUUCGCUUUCAAACCAUCCACUACGAGCACAUCACCUUCAGAACGGAAAAAACUGAAGUUCUUCCGUGAAGGAUGUGGGACUCGGGAAAAUGUGAGCCCUACCGUUGGCAUCGCUUCGUUCUCCGUGCUGAGAGUGUUUGCAGGGAAUAUUAGUGCUUACUUUCGCCAAUUCAGAUCUGCGCAGCUAUGGUGCUGAGUGUUGACUGCAAAUGGUGCGUGGAGGCCGUUACUUUAACAGAGCUUCUUCAUUACGGCAACGACAUGAACUGUAUAUUUUGCAUGGAGCGACAGUGUAUGGUUGUUUGUUUCGUUUGUAGACUUCAGUGUAUGUGUCAUUUAACGUGUGCACGUGUUAUGUUAUGGUAUUAACGAACACGGCGUGCAUAAUGUAGCGAUCUUACUGUAACAAUAUUGCUUAUCGCACUUCGUCAGUGGAAAGAGCCACACUUCACCCACGUGCAGGUGGACCGUUUAUUUAAUGCCCAUUGUACCUAAUACAAUAACUCAGGCUUCCUGGUGCCUCAUAGGACUCACAGAGAUCAUAAUAGAGAAAUAGCGUUGAAGGAAAGGAAUCGUUACAUUAUGGUAACCCUGUUUAACGUGCACCGACGGUGUAAAUUCCUACGGUGCGCGACGGCAUAAACUAUUACCGGCUGUUUGCGAAGGUGACACACUUGCGAAUCACUUACUCUCGUUAACGCUUAAAUAGGCAAAACAAAAAGACGUACAGAAAAUUUGGAGGACGCUUAAGCUUCGCCUUUAGAAGUGGAAUGCCAUAUCGACGGUGUUGUUGCAAGGAACGGAGCGGGCCGCGCCGCUCUGUCAAUGGUAGAAAUGCUGCAAAAGUGAUUUGCGUUUCGGUUUCUGCGUAACCGAACUACGUUUUCUGGUAUAUUCAAAUUACAAUCCGACGCUAUCCUGUCUGUAGCUCGUGUUUAGGACGUGCUUUAAGAUUUUCCUUACGCAUUUUACUUUGAGGAAUUCAAUUAGUUCAGUAAAGCCCCUGCGCCACGCGGAGGGCCGGCGCGGUUGUGGUUUGGAAUGAUUUUUCGAGAAACGACUUCCAAUGCGUGUGCCGGUUGUUUGACGUUUGAGGGGACAUCGGAGCUGCGCGCCUGCGCAGAGACUGCAAACACAUAAACGAUGCUUUCCUUCCUUGGUACAAACCAUCAUUCUCUCGGGGCUCUAUCAGAAAGGGCCUAGUAUAGAUAGAGUCGACGCUUUCAGCUGCAUGAACGAAGGCUUAGAGUACAUAAAAGGCGAUACCGGGCAAUACAAAUUUGGUUGGUUAUUGUCACUAAAGCGCUACCUAAUGAGCAUACGAUGUAAUCCGGUCCCAUGGCGGCAGGGAAAAAAUAUAGGGGCUUACCUGCAACACUGAUUAUCGGACAGCGAUUGCAGCGCUGUUAACAUUCGUUGUCACGAAUGUUGACCACGCUUUACUUAUAUACGUAGGGUGCGCUACGUCAGUGUCACCUAUAUUAAGGAUAUCUGCUUCCUCUGGUCCAAGUUAUAAUAUAUAUAUAU